GUGAACUACGUCGCGUAACCUCGACGCCAGGCGCACGAGGCCAGAACACGCUGACUGAGCCGAAGGUGAACAUCGGCUGGCUCUCUCGCAGAUCCUCACUUGUCAUCACGCUCGCACUCCGCGCGAUCAGCUUUAGCUGUUGCCUUCGCCGCCACCGCUACUCUUUUUUUCGCCUUUUGUUUAUAUCACGUGACUCGGUGAACUCGUUUCGAUAUUGUUUUACAAGUGCUUCGGCAGUGUUUUGUUUGCGACGUCGCCGUUUUUAUUUUUUAUCUGUAACAACCGAAAAUCCGCCCUACAAACAACCGGUGUGCAUCGUUUGUUUUUUGUGUUUCGUAUACUAUUAAUUUUUUAUUUUGAGUUUUUGUUCUUGUUGCUAUUUUUUCGAAUUUGUUUAUUUGGCGUUUUUCGCGAAGAGGAUUAGUUCGAUUUUUAUGUUUCGUUUCUGUUUACCGGGGAAGAUGUCACGACUUGAGGGGGCAAAUUGAGAAGCGAAGAUGCGCCACAAGAACAAGUCGAUCAGAAAGUAUAACGCUUUUGUCGAAAACGAAAAAGAAGACUUCGAAGAGUUCGACCGAGAAGUUUUAGUAAAAAAGUUGAAAUGUCUCAAAGGGGAAGGAGGCGAAGAAGGGGCUAUAGAAGAUGGGGAGAAGUUGGAAGCUGAUGAAGAUUCGGGGUCUAUGACGCCUAACUCAGCUAUUUCACCGACUCCUGGGGAUGAAGAACCUCAUUCACCUACCGCAGGUGAUUUAGCAUCACCUCGAAGUCCUACAUCCAUCGGUGAAGAGCCUGUCUACACAAAUCAUCUAGCGGAAAGAGAAAUGAGUCCUCGGUGCCAAUCCAGGGAGUCGUCAGAUUCGAACGUACCACCUCGAUGCCCAUCUGGCGAAUCGAUCUACUCUGAUCGCUUACUUACACGAGGCAUUACGUUACCAAAUACAGCCAUGAGUCCGGUCGGUGUCACAUUACCUCCCACAUUACCUCCUGCCGCCGCGGCAGCCUUACUACCGCCACAUUCAGCGAUGGCCGCAUAUUUAAACGCGGCCGCUGUUGCAGCGCAACACACACAGUUGAUGAUGGGUUCUCCAUUGCCUAGGGGAUCAGUAUCGCCGUUAAUAUCAUCGUCAUCUUCACCCCCAGGUUCAAUUAAUAGACCUUUAUCAUCCCCCAUCAUGUCAAUGCCUCUUCAAUCACCGUCUACCGAAGCUGCAAUAUUAGAUUUUAGUAAACGCGGAUGUAAGUCGGAUAAUACAGACUCUGAUAUUGAUGCCAUGAAUUUGGCAAAACCCAUGACUCCGCCCCCAACAGAAACUGGAAAUGGGCCGUUAGAUUUAUCGGUAUCCGCAAGAAAGCGAAGUGCGGAUGAAUCCGGCAAUCAACCGCCACGUAAAACAAGACCUCCCGAUUAUAAACCUGUUCUCCCUCAAUGGGCAGGAGCAGUACCUCCAUCACAUUUGCCGUAUUUUGCUGCUGUUGCCGCUGCCGCCAGUAGUUUAUCACCUAAAACAUCUUCUUCUGGCGAUUUAUGGAAUGGCAAAAUAAAGCAAGCAACGCCAACACCCAGUGAUGCCACAAAGGCAUUAGAAAAAAUGAGUGAAUUAAGUAAAUUAGGAGGCGAUGAUUUAUUCAGGUCAAUGGCUACGCCUGGAGUAUCCGUUAAUUCUGCAAGCAGCCGACACAGCGCAUGGCAAUCGCAUUGGUUAAAUAAAGGUGCCGACCAAGCUAAGGAUGUGCUUAAGUGCGUGUGGUGUAAACAAAGUUUCCCAAGCUUAGCGGCAAUGACAACGCAUAUGAAAGAAGCUAAACACUGUGGUGUAAACGUUCCCGUCCCACCAAUGCAACCUCAGUCAAUUUCUUCUCAUCAACCGACCAAUGUGGCCAGUACAAAUUCUAACUCCUCCACCUCAUCCGCUGGCACCAAUAAACCACCAAAUCAAUCCGAUCUAAACUUAUUAAUCAAGGAAACUAUGCCACUACCUAGAAAAUUAGUACGAGGGCAAGAUGUUUGGUUAGGAAAAGGGGCAGAACAAACGAGACAAAUUCUAAAAUGCAUGUGGUGCGGCCAAAGUUUUAGAUCUUUAGCGGAAAUGACGAAUCAUAUGCAACAAACGCAACACUACACAAAUAUAAUCUCCCAAGAACAAAUAAUAUCUUGGCGAUCAAAUGAGGACACAAAGCCAUCUAGCGGUGGCAACGGAGGUAGUAGUGGAAAUGCUCCAGGAAGCACUAGUAGUCAUGUCAGUGCUGUGUUAACGUGCAAAGUAUGUGACCAAGCGUUCAGUUCACUGAAAGAGUUAAGUAAUCAUAUGGUAAAAAAUUCCCAUUAUAAAGAACAUAUUAUGAGAUCUAUAACCGAGAGUGGUGGACGUCGUCGCCAAACUAGAGAAAAACGUAAAAAAUCACUACCGGUUAGAAAAUUAUUGGAAUUAGAAAGAGCGCAACAUGAAUUUAAAAAUGGCGAUAACGGUACCAUAAUGGAAAAGAGUAGAGAUCCGUCGGUUGCUGGAAGAAUUACGUGUGAGAAAUGCGGCAAUAAAAUAGAAACCUCGUUAUUCGUUGAUCAUAUUCGGCAAUGUGUGGGUGGCUUAGGUCCAAAUCAACGAAAUUUUUUGAAAAGCGCAUUAAUGUCUAAUAAUAUUUUACCUCCAGAAGCUAGUCGCGAAAAAUCAAAAAGCGACAAAUCACCUUCUCCUAACUCUCAAAUUCAAAGAUCUCCAAGCGCAGCUACUGAUUUAAGCGCAAAAGAUUCAAGCAGUGAAAAUAACAACGGAUCUUCUCCGUCUGUAUUGAAUGCGAUAGAGAAGCUGAUCGAAAAAAGCUUUGAUUCCAGAGGACGCCAAAACACCUCAUUUCCUGGAUACGGUCACACGCAAGCGCCGAUGGGUUCCAGUAUUUUAAAAAGACUUGGAAUUGAUGAAAGUGUAGAUUAUACAAAACCUUUAGUAGAUCCACAAACGAUGAAUUUAUUGAGGAGUUAUCACCAACAAAGUCAGCACCAUUACAGUCGGCGCGAAAGAAGUGGAAGUGAAUCAAGUUCUAUAUCUGAAAGAGGUAGUAGCCGGGUAGAUGCGUUAACGCCCGAGCGUAAAAUGGAUCCUCCAGGUGCUCCACUUUCAUCGACACCGCGAUCGACACCUGACAAGCGGGAGAAAUCACCGAUGUGCGAAAAAAUGGAUAGUCCAGUAGAGGGAGAUGUAAAUAUAAAAAAAGAGGUCGAAGAUGACGAUCGACAAAGUUGCGGUGAACCAAAUCAAAAUGUCAGUAUUAAACGUGAAGUUGAAGAUGGCGAUGAAGACGAUCGCAGUAGUUUUCAUAGCAAUGGGCACGUUAAAGAUGUGAGAGAUGAUGAAGAAGAAUCGAGGCGAAAUAAUAACGUUAGUCCGAUGGCAAGUCCGAGUAGAAGACAAACACCUAGUGUUGAUACAGGACACAAUAGUCCGUGUAGAAACUCCACUUGUAGUCCAGCAAGCAGUGAUAGAUCUGCAACACCUCGCAGCACAAACGGCGAUAGAAAAACUGGAGGUAGUCUUGGUGCGUUGAGUUCAAUGUUUGAUAGUUUACAAGGAGGAGGAAACGGCGGAGAAAAUUCUAGUACUAGUAGUAGAAAAGGAAGCAGUCAUCCCUUAGCAGCAUUGCAGAAGCUGUGUGACAAGACUGAAACUCACCAUACAAAUAACAGAACUAAUGUCCCGACAUCUGCGGCAAGUGUUAAUGUAUCAAAUUCGACGACGCAUAACAGUUCUACAACACCGGGUGCAAUAUUAGCUUUCAGCUGGGCUUGCAAUGAUGCAGUCAUGACGUCCGAUUCGAUCAUGAAAUGCGCCUUUUGCGAUACGCCGUUUAUUUCAAAGGGCGCUUACCGUCAUCACUUGUCAAAAAUGCAUUUCGUUAAAGACGGUGUUAUUCCGGACCCGGUAGCUUUGAAAGCGGCCCAAUCGUCCGUUCCCAGUACGUCGGCACCUUCGAAGACGAAUAGUGGGCCAGCAAAUUCAUCUAGUGGGCCCGCUUCUGUAGAAAGUAAAAGUCCAAGUCCGGCGGCUGGAAGUUUUGAUGAAAGCACUCAGUCGAAGUUUUUGAAGUACACCGAAUUGGCGAAACAGUUGUCCAGUAAAUACGUGUAACGCUGUGUGAGUUCAAAGUGCAAGAGACCGGGGCGGGGUGGUCGUUCAUAAUACUUUGUUGCAUUCCUAAGUGUAUACAAUGUGUUUCAAAAACCCGGUAUACGAUUAUUUUGUGAAUAUUAUUUUAUUAUUUUUAGAUUUAGGUUUAGAAUUAGUUUCCACACACGUGCAGUGAAAAAUUUUUCGUUGUAUCUAGUGUUUUGACCGUACUUAAUAUCUAUUUAAUAAUAAACCCAUGCAACUAUUUUUGGGACACAGUGUAUAUAGAUGUUGUAAAAUGUACAGUAACGUAGGAACAAGAUCGUAGUACAUACUUUUUCUGGGAAACCUGCUCAAAGGAUUCUCGUAUUUUGUGAUGUUAUCAUAUCUUGCUGAAGCAAAAAACAAAAAGAAGUGGAAUAGUAAUAACGAUAUUAUUAUAUAAAAGUAAAUAAAUACAUAGCAUAUAGUGAUAUAAAUAUAUGUAAAAAUUCAUUGCAGAUCUACAAAUUCUGAGGUGAUUAUAAUUGUUAUACGAAUUUUAGUCAUAAUGUACUGUAAAUAUCUUACAUAUUUGCAUUAAGUCAGUAUUUUAAAAUGUAUACUAUUAAAGUUUCAUUGCCCUUCCAAACCCUUUACCGUAAUCCUAUAAAUCAACCUCACGACAUGAGGAACAAACUAAAAUGGUCCUGCAGUUACGUAGAAUUUCGGGACAAAAUCAGUAGCUACUAUUGUUAAAGAACAACUGAAAAAUCGAACAAAACAAGUAAACUGUAAGUAACUUUUGAGAGUAUGUAUGAAAAAAAAAAACGUAUUGUAGUGCAGUGAUUCCAUAUAAUUAUUUCACCUAUUUAUUAUAAGCGAAUCUAUUUAACAUUUAAAAUGAAAUGAAAUACAAAACAUUCGUAUACGUAUGUCUUAAUAUCUCAUUCUUCCAAGAAGAUUUUUAAAGUGACUAUUUAUCAAUUAAUUAUUAUUGUAUACUUGGAUAAAAAUGAGUUGAUGAAAAAUGUAUACGCAUAGCUAAAUAAUCGAGGCAAAGCUCUUUUUGUGUUGACGAAAAUGAUUUUUAAUUUAAUAUUUUGUUGUAUUUGAAUGCAAAGAAAAGCUCAAAUAAAUAUAUGUUAUAAAUUGUU